CUCGUCGCGUCGCUUUGUCUUGCCCUUAUAUCCUCGACUCCUCUCGCGUCUUGUACAUUCUUCGCCAUGUCCUCGAGGGAGAAGGAGAGCCUGAGGGCGUCCUUUGAGGCGAAGGGCGUGAGGAAGUAUACGGAGGAGUGUUGUGUCCCCCUGAUAGAGGCUGAGCUGGACGCCCAUUCGAAAGCUGAAGAUGGCAUCAGCUGGUACAAAGCCAUGUUCCUCACCAUGAACGCCGCUCUUGGUGCCGGUCUCCUGAACUUCCCACGGGCGUUUCACGAUGCGGGCGGCCUCCUCUCGGGAAACGUGCUUCAUAUUAUAGUAACAGUUUUAGCUCUGAUUUCCCUCCUCGUCAUUGCAAGCUGUGCAGUUGAGAGAAAGUGCAAAACUUAUCAAGAGCUGAUCUUAUGCAUGUGCGGUCGUCGCUGGAAUGUUGUGGCAUCGGUGUGCAUCUUCGCCUAUUGCAUGGUCACUUGCAUCACCCUUCUUAUUAUCAUCGGUGACCAGUUUGACAGAGCCUUCGCUUCCUUCGCCGGGGGUAAUUUCUGUUCAUCUUGGUUCAUGAACAGAAAAUUCACACUGACAGCAUCGGCUCUUUUGCUCGUCUUCCCAUGCUGUAUGAGGAGGAUGGAUGCUUUGAGGUUCUUGAGCUACGCCGGUGUUGUGACCAUAUUCUACGUAACAGCAGUAAUAACAUCUGAGUAUUACACUGGCGGUUAUGCUAAAGGACCCGUUGUAAUUUACGAUGCAGAUUGGGUCCAGAUGUUUAACGUCCUCCCAGCCAUCUGCUUCGGUUACCAGUGCCACAUCAGUAGCGUGCCUAUAUAUUCUUGUGUGAAGAAGAGCCAGGCUAAGGCAACAUGGAAGGCCUGCACAGUAGCCAUCGUCGUGUGUUUGUCCGUGUACACAGUCUCUGCCAACUACGGCUACCUCACCUUCGGGUCCCUCGUCAACACGGACGUCCUCCUGUCCUACGAAGCUCGACGUCCUCAGGUCCUCGUGGCUGUGGUUCUCCUGGCGGUCAAGUCGUGGACGACCUACCCGAUCCUGCUCUUCUGUAUGAGAGAGGCUGUGAAUGACCUGUAUCUCCGAGUACGGUCGAUGCCGGAAUCAGCUGCUGAGAAGACGGAACCAACGAGGCGAAAGCUGAUCGCCGUAGCGUUGUGGGCUCUCACUGUCCUCGUCGCCGUCUUUCUCCCCAACAUCGGCAUCGUCAUGAAGAUCCUGGGGAGUCUCGCUGCCUUGUUUAUCUUCGUCUUUCCCGGUAUGUGUCUGUUACAAGUUGCCGACGAAUUUCGUUCCAGUCGCAAAGUCACUUCGGACAAGUGGAAGAAGCGAGGUAUAGUGUUGGCCGGGUCACUAUACCUGGUUGUCGGCGCAUUUGCAUUCGGUCUCGCACUAUCCAUGGGCGUGGAGAGUUUGGUUAGCCCCGAAGUCCCUUUGUCGGCUUGUGGGGUAUGGUGAGUGGGCGGGG